AUGACUCCGUCCAAUAUCUGCACAGCGAUCCUACUCAUCGCAAUCACUUGCACUGGUCACGUCAAGGCCUAUCUUCUCCCUAAAGAAGAAAUUGUUUGGAGGCAAGGAAUGCCAAUCGAGCGGGCGAUCCAGCAGCUCAAGGAGCGUGUCUCUGAGGCAUUGCAACAAAACACUGCGCUCCAGAAUCCACCAGUAGAUGUGUUUCCCCAGUUUUUCCGAGAUAUGGCGCUGAUAGGAAGAACAACCGGGCGAUCGGCAGCAUACCCUUUGACCGGACUCGAAUGGAACGCCUGGUAUGCCGGUGAGAUUGCACGCAUGCGUGCGCAUCGCCAAGCCUAUUACCGUACCGUCGAUGAGAUUCACAAUGAGGCUGCAGCGAUGAAUCCUGAUCGCAGACAGGGUCGAUCAAGCGCGAUCAGCUCUUUGGUCGCUGGAUAG